CACUACUCGUAAUUUAUAACGCUCAAUGUAUUUAUCUGGCCCGUGAUUUGCCGUUUAAUAUCGCAAUCGCAAUAGUUUAUCAGAAUAGUUCGUUGCUGGCCUAGGACAAGUGCACUACACAGAAAUGAGGGGCAAAUCUAUCACAGUCAACAGGUACGUAAAUCGUUAGUGAAUUAAAAUUCCUAGCAUAAAGUCCAUUUCACGCUACUUAACUUACAAUGAAUGAGCUUCGUAAUUAGUAAGUGACGGUUUCCUUGGUGUUGCAGACCUCACGCAAGAAUACUUGCCGUAUAUAAUAGAAGAUAAGGAAAACAUUGAGAAUCUUCAGAUUUUUUACGCAAAAGAGAUACCUGGCUGCCGAGAUGGUGACAACUUUAUGUCAGUUGUCAUUAGAACACAACUCAAAGGGAUCUUCCAAAAUGGAAAUCCUUUUGAGAAAUCAGUGAUAACAAAAAUAUAUCCAGCUGUCAGUGAUAAAUUUGUCACUUUAGUCAGAACUAGAGAUCUCUUUUGCAAUGAAGCACACGCAUAUGAAAAUAUUUUGCCCGCAAUUGGUGCAAAAUCAUUGGCACCGGAAUAUUUUUUUGCAAAUUCAGAAAAAAUUAUUAUGGAAGACUUGACACGAGUUAAUUUUUUCACCUGUGAUAGACAACACUUAUUAAAUUACAAUCACUGUCGGCACGUACUUCAGGCCUUGGCGCAUAUUCACGCUGGUUCCUUAAAAUUGAAACUCAAUAAUCCUGAAUACUUUAGAAAUCUCAUAAAACCAAUAACAGAAGUGACAUUCGCUGAUAAAUCAAAUGGACAAAUGAAAAAUUCCCUUGAAAAAAGUUUAAAUCAUGCAAUUCAAAGUUUAGAAUCAAUUCAACCACCAACGGCAAAUAGUGAAAAGUGUUUGAAAUUUUUAAAAAAAUAUCCAAAUAAAGUUUAUGAAAUUGUUAAAGCAUCAACAACAAAUCGUUCCAUUUAUGAUGUGAUAAUACAUGGUGAUGUUUGGAAAAAUAAUAUUUUUUUCUCCAAAAAUAUUGUACACGAUGAAUUGAAAGUGAAAUUUGUCGAUUAUCAAGCAGUGAGACAUGCAUCGUUAGCAUUGGAUAUUCAUUAUUUUUUAUAUUCAAGCGCUGAUUUAAAUGUAUUUGAUAAUCAUUAUCGUGAUAUGAUGCAAAUUUAUCAUACAGAAUUUCUAAAUCAACUUAAAUCAACAAUAACAAUGGAACAUUAUGAUGCACUUAAUUAUAAUUGGUUUUCGCGUGAAAUUGAAAAACAUGCGGUUUAUGGUCUUUUUUUUGCCCUUAGUUUAGUGCACGUAAUAAUGGCCGAUGAUGGAUCAAUAAAACUAAGUGUUUCAGAAAAUGGUCAAGAACUGAAUACAAAAGUACCUUUUUCAAUGCAAAAAACAAAAAGAAUAGAAAGCAUUGUCACGCAUUUUAUAAAUACAUUCGGUGAUAUUGAUUAGUUAACUCCCCCACACCAAAAAAAAAAUUUUAUUAUUUUUUUUUAAUCAAAAAUGGCUAGUCAAAUUUUUUUUUUUUUUAUCAUUCAUUAUAAUUAUUUCGACAAUUCGUUUUUAAAUGUAUAAAUGUGUGAAAUCAUCGAAAAAAUAUUAAUAUUUGACAACUAUUUGAAUUUAUUUUUUAAAUUCAGUUUCUAUACUUAGAGAAAUAUAUUUUAAAUAUUUUCUUUUUAGAAUAUGUUAUUUUCACAGUAUUAUACUUAAUUUAAGAGUAAAUUUAAAUAUUUUAAAAUAGAUGUCUUUUUGGGGAAAAAAUUUUUUUUUCGAUGAUAAAAUGAGAUGGAUGCAGUGUGUAAAAUUUUAUUUCAUUUAAUUGAUAUUUUUAGAUGAUUUUAUUUGUUUUUGUAUCUGUGUAGUUAAAUUUUUAGGAAAUUUCAAAAAAAAAUUUUUAUAUAUUUUUUUAAAAUUAUGUCAAGAUUUGUGAGAUUUUUUUUAGAGUGCUAAAUAUUUUUUUUUAGGAUUGUGUUUUUUUAAGAGAUAAGAUUUUUUUAAAGUUUGCAUUAAGAGAUUUUUAAAAUGCCUUGAGAUUUUUAGGAUAUUGUAUUUAGUUCUGUAAAAAUUGUAUUUAGUUCUAUUGUAUUUAGUUAAAUGUACGAUUGUUUAUUUACAUCUGUAAUCUUUUUUUUUUUAACAUUUGUAAGAAUGGGUAAAGUAUAAAGCUUUUAUAAAAAAAAAAAUUUGUAAAACUCUUAAGAAUUUUUUGCUCAUUGAGCUAUAUUUUAUACAAAAAAAAAAAAAAAAAUGUACUCACGAGUUAGGUUUUAGAAAGCAUUGAAAAAAAAUUAUUCUGAAGCUAAGAAUAAAUAUCAAAAAAAUUUUCAUAUUUAAUAUUUCAAUUCAAAUAAAAAUUGAUUGUUUUAUUCUCAAAUUCAGUGUAUAUUUUUUAUUCCGUUUCAGAAUAUUAUUUUCGAUGUGUUAUUUUUAAAUGAAUGUUAAUUGAGCGAAUGUAAAUUUUACCAAAGACAAUACCUCAUCGCAUUUAUAUUAUAAGAAAAAACGAAAAGUACAAAUGUUAUAGAAUAGUAUAUAUCGAUAUAGAAAAAUCAGUAAAAAAAAAACAAAAAAAAAAAAAAAAAAAAAAACAAACCAAAAAAAAAGAAA